AUGUCUUCUCCAAACACUCAUGCCAAGGGUUCGUCUUCUUCACGCUCUCUUGCCUAUCUCACUGGAGAUGGUGUCGACAAUCAUGUGAUAAAGGUUCGAAGCAAGCUCUAUCCCUUCGCGCAAAAGAAUUUGGAUGAGAAUGUACUUUAUCUUUUCGAGAACACCCUGGUUCUGGGCCCUCAUUGGUUUGGUUCCGUACUGAAGGAGAUCGCCAUCUUGUUUAGGGAUGAUGUUGAGGUCCCUAUGUGCUAUCAAAGCUCCACUUCUCUGGCUUCUCAUACCUGGGUCAGCAAAAACCGGAGUCACUCGUUUCCUUCAAGUGAAGUGAGGAAUAGUGCGGUGAAAUGGUCAAAUUGGAUUGACAGGCUUCUUCCUAGGCAUGGAGCUGAUUGGAAGAAGGCUGGUAUCUACGAUGCAAUUCUUCUGUCCAAGCACUCUAUUAAUAGAGAUGAAAACCUUCGGGCUGCCGCUCUGUGUUUCUAG